AGAGCGAAACUGACCCACCCGCGCCUGGCUGCGCUCCUGCACUAGGGAGGCGGCGCCGGCCUCUUUGGAGCGUUUUGGGUGGGACGGGAAGGGAUGCUCCCGAGGAGCUCCAACCGCCUCUCCUCGAGGUGACCACUUCUCUGGUUUUGUGUUCUUCUUGCAGGAUGUUCGUGAAGACGGAAACCUUGGAAGUGAAAGAGGAAGAAGGGCUCCUUGAGACUCGGUCUUCUUCUAUUUCUUCUUCCUCUUCUUCCUCUUCUUCUUCUUCUUCUUCUCUUUCCUCCUCCUCUUCCUCUUCUACCUCCUCCUCCUCCUCCCUCGCACCUUUCUCGUCGGGCUCCGAGGAAGAGGACUACGAAGAGCCGUCCCACGUCCUGCUCUCCCCUUCGGGGCCAGCGCCCGAAGUGGCCAUAAAAGCGGCGGAGCACACGCACCUGCCCCAUCUCGGCUUGAGACGGCACGACUGUAAGAGGCGCUCCGGCCGGGCGCGAAACGCCUCCCGUCUCACCAAGACGGCAGAGACGGUCCAGCGGCUCAAGAAGAGCCGUCGCCUGAAGGCCAACAACCGCGAGCGGAACCGGAUGCAUAAUCUGAACGCGGCGCUGGAUGCCCUGAGGGAGGUGCUGCCCACUUUCCCGGAGGACGCAAAACUGACCAAGAUCGAGACGCUGCGCUUCGCUCACAACUACAUCUGGGCGCUCACCGAGACUCUCCGCUUGGCCGAUCAUUGCGGGGGCAGCGGAGCUGCUGCUGCUGCUGCUGCUGCCGCCGCCGCCGCCGCCGCCGCCUUUUCCGAGGCAGUGCUGGGAAGCAUAAGCGGCGGCGGCGGCGGCAGCAUUUCUCCAGCCUCCUCUUCGGGGUCCUGGAGCUGCACCACCAGCCCCGCGCCUUCGGCCAGCUCCUCCGCUUACAGCUGUACUCUGUCGCCCUCCAGCCCCGGCAGCUCCGCCUCAGAGUUGGACUUUUGGCAAUCGGAAAAUGCCGGCUAUGUGCUGUCCAGAGAUUUAAUCUGAUGCCCUCUUGCUUCCCACCCGUUUCUUCCCGGGUGGGCCGGAGGAAUGGUUAGGCUAACCGUAGCCGGCCAGCACCGGCGAUCCCACGAUUCGACUCUCGGAAAAGAUUGCCCCUUUACCGGGCCGGGCUGGGGCGCGGCAAGCAGCGCUUGAGGCGUAUUAGGGUGAAGCGCCUGAUCUCCGGGACCCCGCCUGGCGGCAGCCCUCCACAAACCUUCUCUAGGGCCGUGAACGCUCUGAGUGUCUUCCUCUCCCCAGCAGUAUCCGUCCGACGAUAGCGGUGCCUGGCCCUGGUGGCAUCUGCUUGUUUCCCAUUGCCAGCCUGGCGGCUGUGGGAAUUACACCUGUCAAACCAAACUUUCUGUCGCCGUGAUGUGCACUUUCCCACAAUGUCUUUUGUUCGUUUCACUCUCUGCCUCCCCCGCUCACAGCGACAUACAUACCUCUUUUUCUUAGCACCCCGUCGCCUUUCAGCCAGCUGUCUCCUAUGAUUUAUGCGGAGGGGAAAGGAGAGAAAUGAGAAGUUGGAGGGUGGUUUUGUUUAUCUGUUGAUUUGCUUGUUUAGGUUGAGUUAGGAGGCACUGCAUAAUUUGUAGGCAUUACCCUGAUUGAAUGCAAGCGCGGAAAUUUAGGGUGAACUCUAUUCUAAGGGGGGGGUAGAGAAUAUAGAAGAGAAGAGUCUCUUAUGCAUUAUUUAUCUCCACCUUUGAUUGAUGGGAGACGCCUUUAUUCUUUCAACAGGCUAAAAAUACAGACAGAAAAACGUCAAAGAGAGCAUAAACUGUAAUUAGCCACACACUUUUGCUUUUAUUUAUUGGAAAGGAAAUAAAAAGUUUUUUUGUAAGAAAUGUGGGAAGGGGGAAGAGACACAGAUAUAUUUUUGUAUAUUUUACAGAGUUUAUUCUAGUAUGUAUUUACAGUCACAGAGCAGU